AUGAGCUACUACGGCAACUACUAUGGUGGCCUGGGCUGUGGCUGUGGAGGCUUCAGUGGCCUGGGCUGUGGCUGUGGCAGCUUCCAGAGACCCGGAUGUGGCUGGGGCUGGGGGGGCCUCAGAUAUGGCUGCUGCCGCCCACUAUGCUAUGGGGGAUUUGGGUUCUCUGGCUUCUACUAA